AGGAAAGUAGGAGGGGACGGGGCGGUCUCUGAGCUCAGCAAGCCAGUUCCUGAAUGAUAUAGAAGAGCAAUACUCUGCAGCUGUCAGUGUCGCCACCAUGCUGGGUACCUGGGGGGCUCUGCUGUAUGGAUGGAUCGGGCUGACACUCUGCCAGGUUGUGCUCAGCUCCCCGCCACAUAUCGUAUUCAUACUGGCCGAUGAUCUGGGUUGGAACGAUGUCGGCUUCCAUGGAUCGGAAAUCAGAACCCCGAAUCUGGACCGGCUGUCCGAACAGGGGGUGAAGCUUGGGGGGUACUAUGUGCAGCCCCUGUGCACCCCAUCCCGGAGCCAGCUGAUGAGUGGCAGAUACCAGAUUCACACAGGAUUGCAGCAUCAGAUCAUAUGGCCCUGUCAGCCACAUUGCUUGCCUCUGGAUGAGAAACUUCUACCGGAGCUACUUAAAGAUGCCGGAUAUGUCACACAUAUGGUGGGAAAAUGGCACCUCGGCAUGUAUAAGAAAGACUGUCUGCCAACCCGAAGAGGAUUUGACACUUACUUUGGAUAUCUUCUUGGGAGCGAAGACUAUUACAGCCAUGAGAGAUGCUAUGAAAUUGCUUCUCUGAACAAAACAACGUGUGCCCUUGACUUUCGGGAUGGAGAAGCACCAGCCAAAGGGUACGACAAGAAAUACUCCACUCACCUAUUUACAGAGAGAGCUGUGGAUCUCAUCACUAAUCACAAGCCUGAGAAGCCUCUCUUCCUCUAUCUGGCUUUCCAGUCAGUUCAUGCCCCUCUACAAGUUCCUGAGGAGUAUGUAGAGCCUUAUAGCUUCAUCAAGGACAAGAACAGACGCCUAUACGCUGGAAUGGUGUCUGCAAUGGAUGAGGCGGUUGGAAAUGUCACAGCAGCGUUGCAGCAGAAAGGACUCUGGGACAACACAGUUUUGAUCUUCUCUACAGAUAAUGGUGGUCAGACCUUAGCAGGUGGAAACAACUGGCCUCUGCGUGGGAGGAAGUGGACCCUCUGGGAAGGAGGAGUGCGAGGGGUGGGCUUUGUUACAAGCCCCUUGUUGGAGCAGACAGGAGUCACAAGCACAGAACUGAUCCAUAUUUCAGAUUGGUUGCCCACAUUGGUGCAUCUAGCAGGAGGAUCUACCAAUGGGACGAAACCGCUUGAUGGGUUUGAUGUAUGGAAAACAAUAAGUGAAGGAAACCCAUCCCCGAGAAUAGAGCUGCUACAUAAUAUAGACCCUCUCUUUGUGGACACAUCUCCAUGUUCUGCAAAUAAUGAAACCAGAAAUCCCUUGUCCAGCACCAUUGUUCCCAAAUAUGAAUAUUCAUUGUUCAAUGUAUCAGUUCAUGCUGCUCUUCGACAUGGGAAAUGGAAACUGCUGACUGGAUAUCCAGGUUGUGAUCAUUGGUUUCCCCCACCAAAUGCCACAGACAUUCCUUCACUGGACUCUUGGAAAAAAUCUCUCUGGCUGUUUGAUAUCGUGAGCGAUCCCGAAGAGACUCGUGAUGUAGCAGACCAAUACCCUGGUGUGGUGAAGAAGCUUCUCUACCGUCUGGAGUAUUAUUACAAUAAUUCAGUGCCAAUUAUCUACCCAGAUGAUGACCCAAAGUGUGACCCCGAAGCCUCUGGCGUGUGGGGGCCUUGGGAGUAAUAGCUUACUACAAUAAA